AUGUGGACUCGGCGGAGAACUGCAUUUGACUGGCUCGAGGGUAGGGAUGUGUUGGCUUGGAACUCUGUUCCAUCAAGUGACGAGUUUUUGGCCGUCUCUCUGCUAACCAUGCACAUGAGUGGUCAAAUGAAAAGUGAUGGCAUCGUUCUCUUCACAGAACUCUCUGGCCUUAGACGUACUAUAUAUCUUCUGGGCUGCAUUGAUUGCAGGGCUUAA